AUGCACAUCAAGUCUCUCACGAUCCACGGCUUCAAGUCGUUUCGUGACACCGUCACGAUCGAUGCAUGGAGUCCUGGCCACAAUGUCGUGGUAGGACGCAAUGGCAGUGGCAAAAGUAACUUUUUCGCAGCGAUCCGGUUCGUGCUGGGCGAUGCAUACACGUCACUCUCGCGCGAAGAGCGGCAGGCUUUGCUAUAUGAUGGAGCGAGUGCUACGUCGACGACGACGUCGGCCUACGUCGAGAUGAUCUUUGAUAAUCGCGAUGCGCGUUUCCCAGCGCAGGGCGAUGAUGUCGUGCUACGUCGAACGCUCUCUCUCACGCGCGAUGAGUACAUGAUCGACCGCAAAGCGGCGACGAAGCAGGACGUGACGCAGCUGCUGGAAUCCGCGGGAUUCAGCACAAGCCCGGCGUACUACAUUAUCCCGCAAGGCCGACUUACGCACAUGGCGCAUGCGACGGACGCCGAGCGCCUCGACUGGCUCAAGGACGUGGCAGGCACGCGCGUGUACGAGCAACGUCGGGCGGAGAGUAUGGAGAUCCUGCGGUCGACUGAGCUUCGGUACGAGGCUUCGACGGCGCUCUUAGCGCAGCUGGCCACGCGUAUGGACGAGCUCAGUGCUGAGCAGAGCGAACUGCAAAAAUUUCAUGCGUUGGACAAGACACGACGAUGCUUGGAGUAUACGAUCUACCAGCGGGAGUUGGCGGACAUUAGCGACAUGCUCGAGACACUUGAAAAUGAACGGCGUCGGGAGGUCGAUGCGUCCCAUACGCGGCAGGCAGCGUAUACGCGGCAAGCUCAUGAGGUGGCAGCGAUGGAAGCCCAAGCUCGUGCGCUGGAAGAGCAGCUCGAGCAGCUGGCCUGGGACCAAGCGCAGUUGGAGCAGGAGCGUCGCGCGCUUACGCGCUCCCAGGCGCACUUGGACAAUACGCGCGACGAUGUGGCGAUGGCCAUGGACGGCCAGGGCCCUGAAGCCUUGACGGAGCAGCUGGCCGCGCUCGACGCCGAAGUGUUGGCCCGUGAACAAGCCCUGGCUACCAAGACCCAGGAACAUACACACGCCGCGGCUACGCUCGAAGCGCAGCGCACAGCAUACGAAGACACACGCGCCCGGCUUGCGGCGCUGUACGCGAAGCAAGGUCGCGCGGCGCACUACGAUACGGUCGAAGCACGUGAUGAGGCGAUCCAGGCGGAGUUGGACGAAGUCGCGCGGCAGCUCGCGCAGCAAGACACGGCCAUGGCGACGGCGAAGGCCCAAUGGGAGGCGGCACAGGCCCAGCAUGCGGAGCACGCCGCGCACAUGCGCGACGUGGAGCAGACGUAUGCCCAGCGCACGCAGGCGUACCACGACGCGCAGGCGGCCUGGGACACGCGUCACGCGGCGCGCGCGAAGUAUGUGGAGGAAAAAAACGAGCAGUGGAACGCGGACGCGAAACGCACCACGCAGUUGACCCAAGCGCGCGAUGAGCUAAGUCAGGCGCAGCGAGCGCUGGCCGCGACGAUGGACCGCGCCACGGCCGCGGGUCUGCAAGCCGUGGAGCGCAUAGCGGCGGCCGAGCACCUGGACGGCGUGCUGGGCCCUCUCUACCAGCUCUUCCACGUGGACGAGCGCUACCGCCUGGCGGUGGAGGCGACCGCCGGCGCGGCCUUGUUCCAUGUCGUGGUCGAUACGGAUACCACUGCGACGCGCCUUCUGCAGCGACUGCAGCAGGAGAAGAGUGGGCGUGUGACGUUCAUGCCGCUCAAUCGAUUGCGGCCUGUCGAUACGCCGAUGCCGCAAGCGCCUGACGCUGUCGUCUUGCUGCGCAAGCUGACGUUUGACGACGCGCUGCUCCCGGCGAUGAAGCAGGUGUUUGGCAAGACGAUCGUGUGCCCUCGCCUGGAGAUUGCAGCCGCGUAUGUCCGCAGUCACCGCGGCCUCAAUGCCAUCACGCUCGAUGGCGACCAAGUGGAUCGCCGUGGCGCGCUGAGUGGUGGCUACCAUGACCCGAGCCGCUCGCGCUUGGACGCAGUGCAGCGUGUACAGCAGGCUCUUACACGCGUAGAUACGCUGGCAAGUGAGCAGGCCGCAGCGCGGCAGGCUCUCGCGACACUCGAGCAGACCCUCACGGCCGUGUACAGCGAAAUGAUAGCGCUCGAAGCGCAAAAGGCCCAAGCGCAGGACGCACGUACGCAAGCGCAGAACGAGCUUACGUACCUGCGCCGCACCGAGGCCGAUGCCGCCGCGCGCGUCGCGCGAUGCGAGCGGGCGUGUACCGAGGCGACGUUAGCACGCCAGACACUCUCGACGCGCCAGGCUGCCUUGCAAGCGGAGCUGGGCACGCCGCUCCUGCAUCAUCUGAGCCAGGAGGAGCAGGCGGACGUGCAGCGGCUCACGGCGCAGACCCGGGCUCAGCAAAGUGCGUUGGCCACGCAGACGCGAACGACAGUGGCCCUUGCCGAGCAGCUGGCGACGCUGCAAAGUGAGCUGGACGAGCACUGGCGCCGAUCGCGUGCGUCAGUGCAAGACCGCUUGGAACGGGCACGUCCUGCGCCCAGCGCGGAAGCCGCCGCGGCACUCGCACAAAGCCGUGCGACCAAUGCAGACCGCCUCGCGCACCUCCAAGCACAGCAGGACACACUCAGCGCGACGUACGCGCGCCUCCAGGCAGACUUGGCCACAGCGCGUGCGUCGCAUGAGCACGAGGCGGACGUGACGCAGCAGCAGGCGGCCGCGGAGCGAUGGGCCGCGCGGAAGCAGCGCAUGCUGGAGCAGCGCGCGCGGUGCCAUGAACGGAUUCGCGAUCUCGGCGCGCUGCCGGACGACGCGUUCCAGACGUACCAGCGCCAGACAACCGAGGCAUUGGUCACGCAGCUGCAGACCACACGUACGUCGCUCGAUGCGCUGUCGCAUGUGAACAAACGCGCGGUCGAGCAGCUUGACAGCUUUACGCAGCAACGCACAGCGCUGCUGCAGCGCCAUGCCGACUUGCAGGCGUCGCAAGCCUCGAUUCACGAACUGAUCGACGUGCUCGACCAACGCAAAGACGCAGCGCUCACGUCGACGUACGAGCAAGUCGCGAUGCAUUUCCGUACCAUCUUUGCGCAGCUCGUGCCUACCGGCCAAGGCACCUUGCAGCGCCACGAGCACGGCGUCUCGUUGCAGGUGACGUUCCACACGCAGCAGACGCAGAUGCGCAUGGCGCAGCUUUCCGGCGGCCAGAAAUCCCUGGUAGCCCUCGCCUUGGUCUGUGCGAUGCAAAAGACGGACCCUGCGCCGUUUUAUCUAUGGGACGAAAUUGAUGCGAAUCUCGAUACGCAGUACCGUACGGCCGUCGCGAACUUGGUGCAUGCCCUCGCCGCCGACGCACAAUUCAUCACCACGACCUUCCGUCCAGAGCUGGUGGAGCGAGCGGACCGCCACUUUGGCGUGGUAUUCCGGCCCGACAAGACGAGCACCGUGCUGGACAUUUCGCGUGCGGAUGCGCAGGACUUUGUCGAGGCGGCAGAUACGUAG